GACAGAGGGUGUUGUUUUAUGAUCUUCAUUCAUUUGGACUGUGUUGAUUUUCUGCAAAUUCGGAUCAUUUGUUUCUGUGUCAAGGAGAUAUACGCAGGUGAUCCCGAGGAAUUUGUGGCUCUAUUGUCUUUGUGGACAUAGAAGUUCUCAUCGCCCGCUUUUUUUUUUUCGAAUUUUCAACUCUCCAGCAUUCCCAGCCGCAUCAACUCCCCGGUGUUCUUAUCCUUUUUUUCUUCCUCCAAAAACAAGAACAAGACCACAAGAUGGCCCCGACAAAGUCCUCGGCCAAGGGCAAGGGCCCUUCGUCGUCCAAGGGAGACGCCAAGAGCAAGCCUCUCUCGUCCGCGACGAAAGUGAGCAAGAAGAACGUCAAGCGCCCGCCGCCCAAGGAAGUCAAGUCGAAAGCGCGCACGGAAUCCAGCCUGCUGAAGAAGACGAAGAAGAGGGAAUACACCGAGAAGGAAUUGGACCUGCCUCAGUUGAACAUGAUCACGCCCGUGGGUGUGGUGAAGCCCAAGGGCAAGAAGAAGGGCAAAACUUUCGUGGACGAUGCGGAGGGAAUGAUGACGAUUCUUGCCAUGGUUAAUGCCGACAGGGAGGGUCAGAUCGAGUCGAAGCUAAUGAAGGCCCGUCAAUUGGAGGAGAUCCGUGAGGCGAAGAGGAAGGAGGCUGAGGCCAGGCACGCGGAGAAAAAGAACAAGCUGGAAGAGGUAAAACAAUCGAUUCGCAAUAAGAAGCACAAGGGCGGCCCUAAGGCCAACAAAGCGGACUCCGUACCCGACAAGUCGUCCAAAUCGAAGGGCAAGAGAAAGAGCGUCUCAUUUGCUUGAUUUUGUUUCAUUUUGUAUAAAAGUAAUGCUGUCUAUAUCAGGUCUAUGUAUCUAGAUGGGUCUCUGGCGUUUCAACGGUCUAUAUCCUGCCAAAACAAUUGC